GAAAGAGGUUGUGAAAAUCUCUGCUGCUGGUGCAGUUGAAUCUCUACUUCUUACAGCUGACUGGUCACUGACGAACACCUCUGUCAAUAUAACUGUACGAGAUUGUUUGCUUCUAAAAUAUGCCCUGAACUUCAACGCAUUUAUUUGGAUGCCUUGAUCGGUGCCAAGGAGUCUGCAGAUGUUAUUCAAAAAUGGGCGACAGGAAAAAUGACAAAUUACAGCUUCAAGACUUCGAGUCUGUGGAUUUAAAGACACUUGUGAGAGCUCACAGUGUUGAUACAGGGCUUUUAACAGAAGCCAGUAGUUUUUCAGAACAGGUUUCCACUGAGGACACAGAAUUAUCCUCAACUGACAUCUCUAUAAAUGCAAACAAAACAACAGGUACCUCCAUACCUGCAGAAUUUUUUGGUGAAUCCAACCCAAAGCACGCAGUGACCAGGACGGUGUCCAUUCUUAGUCCGAGUUGUGCAGGUACAGACCAGCCAAAGUCGCUGUGUGCCCUGCUGACUUCCUCCACAGAAACCUGCACAGUCUAUGACGUGAGCCAGUCAUUUACAUCAGUCAGCAGGAGCCAAGACAGCCUUAAAGUCACACCUGCCCACACCGAGGCAGACAGAGAAGACCUUUGUGCUGCCGUCCUGAUGGCCUGCCUCUUCUGCCAGCCGCUGGACUGCCUAGUGGCCACAAUGAGAGGGUGUAACGAGUGCGUGUGGUCACUGUGCUCCUUUGUUUGCGGCUGCGAGUCCGCCACCAUUCAGCCCCUCAUGGAAAUGACCCACCACUGCGACCUCUGCAGCUGCCUGGGUGCUCCCUGCUUCAUGUGCGACUGUCCCAUUUGUGACAUCUGCCUCCAGGCUACAGAGUGCCUGGACCUCGCCAUGGAGGUCUCUCAAAUGCUUUAUCACUAAUGACGAAGGCUGGCCAAUGACAACAGCACACACACGAACCAAUGGGAAUUAUUUAUUUGUUAAUCCUUCCUAAAAGCCAAGUUGUAGGGACAAGACACAAAUAUUAGGUGUAAGGUUAACAGUCAGUGUUAGCACUCAACUACAUAUGUCAGGAUAUAACAGUCUGUCAUGGUGUGUUAUUGUGGAUGGGAUCAAGUUUGAGCAGUGACAGCUGAUCAUAGAUACUUGCAAAUUAACACAAAUAACAACAUUGAAUUAUAAAGUGGAGCUGAUUUUCACACUAAAACAAAAGAGUUGAAAAUGCAAAAAAGAGCACACAUUAAGGUCUUGCUUAGUUCCUAAAGUUCUGAUGUUCUUGGCGAAUUAGUUUUAAUUACACCAGCUCAAAGACUAGUUAAAAGUAUGGGUGUAUCAAUACGUUUUAGGGUUUUCGAAAAGUAAAGACAAUACAGUAAAAAAAAAAA